CCAAACCUAAACCUUCUCUUGUUUUCCUUCAAUCUUCUUUUCCUUCAUUCUGACCCACUAACAAGCCCAUCCAAUCCAGUUGACUUCAAUCAUAGACAGCCUCAACCGAUUAUGUGUGUGUGUGUAUAUAUAGCCACUACACCUCCCCUUACAUAGGAACAAAGCUCUGGAAAACAUAGAAACGCAAACAUGACCCUCACUUGGGCAAGAUCCUAUUUAGAAUGUUUCUGUGUCGACGGGUUCCCAAUGGAAAACAAAAGCAACGACUUCUCUGGCGACCUACUGCCAUCUCUUGGAGCAACAAUAAACCAAUCAAUCAAGCUGAGAAAGUUCAUCAUUUCUCCUUAUGAUCCUCGUUAUAGAGCCUGGGAGAUGUUCCUGAUCGUCCUAGUUAUUUAUUCCGCAUGGAUCUGCCCAUUCGAACUAGCAUUUCUGAGGCACUUGGCACACAAACUUUUCGUAGUUGAGAACAUUGUAAAUAUCUUCUUCGCGGUUGAUAUUGUCCUCACUUUCUUUGUGGCUUAUCUAGAUCGCAAAUCAUAUCUUUUAGUGGAUAAUCCAAAGAGAAUAGCCUCCAGGUACCUGUCCUCCUGGUUCAUCUUUGAUGUCUGUUCGACAGCUCCAUUUCAACCAAUUAGCCUCCUGUUUAGAACUCAUGAAGACGGCCUUGCCUUUAAGAUACUCAACAUGCUUAGACUUUGGCGUCUUCGUCGAGUCAGUUCCUUAUUCGCAAGGCUCGAGAAGGAUAUCCGGUUCAACUAUUUCUGGACUCGAUGCACAAAACUUGUUAUGGUUACUCUUUUUGCCGUACACUGUGCUGGCUGCUUCUACUACUUACUUGCCGAUAGAUACCCUGAUCCACAGAGAACAUGGAUAGGUGCAGUAAUGCCAAACUUCAAAUCAGAAAGUCUGUGGAUCACAUAUGUCACUGCAAUUUACUGGUCUAUUACGACUUUGACGACGACUGGUUACGGCGACUUACAUGCUGAGAAUCCAAGAGAAAUGCUGUUUGACAUCUUUUACAUGCUAUUUAAUUUGGGCUUAACAGCAUACCUCAUUGGCAAUAUGACGAACCUUGUUGUCCAUGGAACAAGCCGCACCAGAAAUUUCAGGGAUGCAAUCCAGGCUGCUUCUGAAUUCGCCGCACGGAAUAAGCUAACAGAACACAUAAAAGAUCAAAUGUUAUUCCACAUAUGCCUAAGGUUCAAGACAGAUGGCCUCAAACAACACGAAACCUUGACCGGUCUACCCAAAGGAAUUCGGUCAAGCAUAGCAUACCACUUGUUCUUCCCCGUCGUACAGAAAGUCUAUCUUUUCCAAGGAGUUUCCUCUAAUUUCAUUUUUCAACUGGUUACAGAAAUGCAGGCCGAGUAUUUUCCUCCUAAAGAAGAUGUAAUUCUUCAGAAUGAAGCUCCAUCAGACAUUUACAUAUUGGUAUCAGGAACAGUGGAAUUGAGAGCAAGCAUCGAUGGGAUCGAACAAGUUCUUGGAAAAGUAGCUGCUGGGGACAUAUUUGGAGAGACAGGGGUUCUCUUAAACAGGCCACAAUCCUUUACUUAUCGUACGACUGAAAUUUCACAACUAUUGAGACUAAGCAAAAAUACAGUCACGAACAUUAUUCGAGAAAAUAUAGAAGACGGGACAAUUGUAAUGAAGAACCUUUUCCAGAAGCUGAAGCUGCAUGAAAGCCCAUCUGCUAGAGUGCAGCAGAAUGAUUCGGAAUUUUCCACCCCACCAUUUGACGGAAAUCGGGUUCAAACACAGCUGAUGUUGACAUCAGAAGCAGAAAAUCAUGAAAUAAGUGCAAUUAAUGGAUUUCCAAGGUGUGGAAGUGAUGCAAAUUCAACAAAUGCAGAUGGCAGAACAGCCCUUUAUAGGCCUGUCCAAAAGGAUCAAUUCAAUAUAGUCACUGUUUUGCCUGAAGGAGGGGCAUACAUGGACAAACAAGCAAAGGAAGACAACCAUCUACAUUUGUCGAGUAACAGAAACAGGGCAGAAUUUGUAGAAGACCAUCUAAUUGAAAUACCAAUGAAAAUCAUUGGAAAAAGUAAUACAGAUAAAGGUGAUUGGGAGAGAAGCCAAGUGAUCGCGCACUCUAGGUUUUCUGAGAUAACAACAGAUACACGUUCAUCAAGCGGCAGAUACUUGGUUGACAACAACAAUGCGAAAUCAACCAACAAAAGAGUUACCAUUCAUAUGCAUCCUCAACAGCCGAAAAGUUCAAGAAUAAGGAAUGGAAAACUAAUAAAUCUACCUGGUUCCCUUGAGGAGCUUUUUACGACUGCUAGGCAGAAGUUUCCUGGCUAUUAUCCAAUUACAGUGGUCAAUCAAGAGUACGCAGAAAUAGACGAUAUUACAGUGAUUCAUGACGGGGACCAUUUGUUUUUCCUGGAGACAUGAAUAUGAUUCUGACCUAGGCAAUAUAGAAAGCUCACCCUUUACAGCACAAAGAGAACAAGAAUAAUGUAAUCUUCGAGUAACGCACGACGAGUGAUAAGAGAAAGCAUCGUAUUCUUUUCAGUUGAUUCUCGCACUCGACUCUAGCAUUUACGCUAGCACUAGAUAUUUACAUUUCGGCUAAGCAAUGGUACACAGUCAGUCCCCUAUGAGCUUUUUGUAUGAAUACAGUUGGUUGAUUUCUUCCUUGGUUCUAAAAGAUGAAAUGCGAGAAUAUCUGAUGUAUGCAA